CCGACUACGUAGUCAGCGGAAGAUGCAGUUAGUCUACAAAACGCGCGGGCAUCCUCGUGCAAAACACUUAGUCUACGUCGUGGUCGCGGGCAGCCGGGCGACGCAAUGCCGAAAACGCGGCAGCAAACGAAUCCCUUCUCGCCGAGAAACGGCCAAAAACCAUGAAAAAAGACAUGCGAUCGUCUUUUUUGGCGCAGUUUCGAGCCGAUCGGGCCACCGCAGUGUCGGAUAUCAUCGUCCGUGUGGCCGCCGACGAUCUGAGACAAACGCAGCGGCAGAGGCCCAUGGGAUGUCGGUCUAUGCGUGGUCCGCGUUUCUCGCUGUACCGUGCAUCGGGCGAAUAUCGCGCUGAAUGUCUAGGACUUUUUGUUGUAUGCCUUCCCAGCCACCACGGCGGGCAUAUGCGGGGAUUCGGCAGCUGAUUUGAGGCCCAGGGGGUUUCAAAUGGCGUAUCGCGCUCCAACAGCUGCUGAAGUCAAUUCCCUUCAAUAUUAUUAUUUUUAGAUGCAGCCAAACUCCCCAGUCAUCAGGCAGCCUCGCAGCCCGCUGUGGUG